AUGAACUCGUGGGACGCGGGCCUGGCGGGGCUGCUGGUGGGCACGAUGGGCGUCUCGCUGCUGUCCAACGCGCUGGUGCUGCUCUGCCUCCUGCACAGCGCCGACAUCCGGCGCCAGGCGCCGGCGCUCUUCACCCUGAACCUCACGUGCGGCAACCUGCUGUGCACCGUGCUCAACAUGCCGCUCACGCUGGCCGGCGUCGUGGCGCAGCGGCAGCCGGCCGGCGACCGCCUGUGCCGCCUGGCCGCCUUCCUCGACACCUUCCUGGCCACCAACUCCAUGCUCAGCAUGGCCGCGCUCAGCAUCGACCGCUGGGUGGCCGUGGUCUUCCCGCUGAGCUACCGCGCCAAGAUGCGCCUCCGCGACGCCGCGCUCAUGGUGGCCUACACGUGGCUGCACGCGCUCGCCUUCCCCGCCGCGGCGCUCGCCCUGUCCUGGCUCGGCUUCCACCAGCUGUACGCGUCGUGCACGCUGUGCAGCCGGCGGCCGGACGAGCGCCUGCGCUUCGCCGUCUUCACGGGCGCCUUCCACGCGCUCAGCUUCCUGCUGUCCUUCGUUGUGCUCUGCUGCACGUACCUCAAGGUGCUCAAGGUGGCUCGCUUCCACUGCAAGCGCAUCGACGUGAUCACCAUGCAGACGCUCGUGCUGCUCGUGGACAUCCACCCCAGUGUUCGGGAACGCUGUCUGGAGGAGCAGAAGAGGAGGCGGCAGCGCGCCACCAAGAAGAUCAGCACCUUCAUAGGGACCUUCCUCGUGUGCUUUGCACCCUACGUGAUCACCAGGCUGGUGGAGCUGUCCUCCUCGGUGCCCAUCGGCUCCCACUGGGGCGUGCUGUCCAAGUGCUUGGCCUACAGCAAGGCCGCGUCGGACCCCUUCGUGUACUCCUUGCUGCGACACCAGUACCGCAAAAGCUGCAAAGAGAUUCUGAACCGGAUCCUCCACCGGCGCUCCCUCCACUCCUCGGGCCUCGCGGGCGACUCCCACAGCCAGAACAUUCUACCAGUCUCUGAGUGAAGGGCGCCACUCUUGCUGGAGGGUGAGGAAGGAGACAGCUGGUGAGGAGUGGGGAGGGGGCUCGGGGUCCUGGGUGGGCACCCCAGCUGCUACAACCUGGCCGGGCCAGCAGUCCUAGUUCCCUGGCUUGCAGGGGCUCCGAAGCCUGCUUCCUGGUUCCUCAAGGGCAGACGUUGGACUGUCCCUAUUUUGCACCAAAGGAUGACUGUGGCUCCUUGCUCUUGCUUUUCUUUCUGAGAAGCUCCUUUGAGUGCCUGGACUUCUCCAGAGACUCCCCAGGAGUGACACUAAGUCCAGUCGUGACCAAGGACACGCAGUGUUGGUGGGAGGUGGGAAAGCAUGGCGUCCACCUACUUCUGAAGCAGUAUGUGUUGGGCUUCGUGCUGAAGAAAAGAGGUGGUCUCCAUGGGUCAUGCUGAAAAUGAGGCUGGCAGUCACCGUUUGGACUUACAGCUAGCUUGGCUACUCUUCUCCACGUGGUCGUGGUGGCUGCUUUGACCCAAAUACUGUCCAGCUGAUACUCAGUUGUGCUCAGCUGGGACUCUUGGGACCUGGAGCCCAAGGGGAAAACAUUUAACAACGAGGGGCUACUCAAUUGUUGCCAAGCAGUUGUCUUAGAAAUGGUUAUGUUGGACUAAACUCUGGUCCCUCUCUUCCCCCCAAAAGCUAACAUUGUGUGUGUAGACAAUCUUAGCAUGAAAAUGGCUUAUAUAGGCAGGCAAUACAUGUAAUACUGUUCUUGGGAGUCUGACCUUGAAGUCACCUUCUUCUGAUUCACGUGUCACAACUGUUGGAGCCAAGGAGAUGGGCGAGGAAGGUGGCUGCUUGGUGCCUCGACCCCUGGCUGUGACCUGAAUCUGUAGGAAGCAUUUCACCUUGUCUCACACAUCUUGUCCGGCACACCCUAUGUGAUGCACCCCCAAAACUGACCUCAGCAGGGUUUUAGCACUGAUUCUAAGGCCCUACAUUCCAAAAUCCUAUUGGCUCCUUUUCUAUUCUCUCUGAGAUGAUCAACAGAAAGUAGAGGCUGUCCAGGUGACCGAGAAAGUGCCCUGUGUUAACGAAGGGAGAGUGACAUUUUCAUUGAAAAGUAUAACUUCAAUAACUAUGCCCAUCCAUUCACAGCCCCAUCUUGAUUUACUAAAAGCCAAGGUGAGUGGGCCAUGCUUUCUGCCCAUCGGGUCCUUGUUUACCAUUUCAGAUGACCUGUGGAGGCUCAGAACAGUUACUUCUUAGUCCUCUGUUCUGAUGCCUCCAGGGUGGAAAGGAGGGAGAGCAAUAGAUAUCGAUGGGCCCUUCUCUCUUUCCAGCCCUGUGUGUCCUGACUUUGGAAGUGCAGAAGGGAGGACGUGGUCCAACGGGGGCCAACUGGGAAGAACCCACUGUGUUUUACUGUCAGGUGGCCCCAGGAUGGAAAGGCAGAAAUGUUGUGUGUACCUAUUUGCAAAGAUGUCUUAUUCACCUCGGGUCAUCUUUUAGCAAACAGAAAGCUGAGUCUGGCCUCAUUUUGCCUGCUUUCAAGGUUUUCAUGGAAACUAGACCAGGAAUAGACGUAGCCUCCGACGCCUUGGCACCCAUUCAGUUAUAGUUGGAGGUGUGCUCACACCUGCCUGAGGAAGUCAGUGGGGUACGUCCCUGCCCAGUUCUGUGUUCAGGGACAUCACACUGGUGGCUUGAAAUUAGCCGUGGUGAGAAUAUUUAUACCAAGAAAAUUAACAAAGGCUACAAGGAAGGAUUUCUGCACUGAGAGCUGGUUGGGAAGCAUCUGUCAGCACGCCACUGCCCGGACGUGACUUUGUGUGCUCUUGAAAACUGGCUCUGAUUCAGGGCACGUUAAGCUGCACAAGUAGACAUGCGCUGUUGUGGCUCUUUCCCAGUGACAAGUAGUUGUUCACUCUGCCUUGUCCCAACACUGAAAGUACCAGUGAGGUUAAAACAAGUAAGAGGCCCGGAAAAUACACACCAUUGAACCUGACAAUCUCCCUCUUCACACAAAUAUUCUCGAAAUUGGGCAACAGACCAGUAGUGACCUAGUGGGUGAGGUUAGUAGACUGUCAAGUUCAAGCAGCAAAAUGUGUUUUCAUCAGUGUCAAAUCCUCUUCCUGCUUAUACCAUGUGGGCAACAUGUUACACUCCUGGAAGCAACCGGAUCUCUUUUACUUCUUGAGCUAAGAAACGAAAGACGUGUCACCCACAGCACCAUGUAUCUUAAAGAUACAUGUCCUAAUUUUUGCCAAACCCUUAGGACUGCUAAAAUAACAACAACAGCAACACAAUACAACUAGUUGUAUUGGCGUCCAGUAGAUAAAAGCCCAGAUAAGCUGAGGGGUGUUCUCAUUUAGACAGGCUUUCAAAGCCAAGGAGAAGUUAAGGGGAAAUCGCUGAAUUAAUGGUCAGCACCAACCAACUCUGUUGUAAUUACCUUUAGACGGAUGUUGGUAUUUAUCCAUACCCAGUCUAUAAAAUUUUCCCCUGGCUUCAUUAUUCCCAGGCAAAUUCUCUACCUCAUUUGGUAGUUUAAUGUAUCAAAAGUAACAUGGGUUUCUCAGGUAAAACACUCCGAAACAGCAAGACCAGUGGGCCUAGGAUUACUUACUUGACUUUAGUCUAGCAUGAGGCUCAAGGUUCAAGGCCCAGACUCUGGAGGACAGCUGGACCAGGCUGGAAAGCAUGCCAGGAAGCUUGGAAAUAAAGCCUGGCCUGGAGGGGCCAUCCGAUUCCUAAUCCCACACUUAGGGCUCCGUUUCUAGCCCUACACGGUCAGAAACCUAGGUUUAGCCCCAGCCCUUGGGGUUAAAAAACUGGCUUUUCCAGUCAUUCUGCAGCUACUCCAGCUUUUUCUUACACUUCUGGAAGGAGGCAAUUUCAGAGCCCUAAGACCCACUAAGGAACUGCGAGCUCAGGUGAAGGUCAUGGCUUCUUGGAUUUGUGUGUCUCGUGGUCGGCUGACCUUCCAAAGAUAUUUCGCUGAGAGCCAACCAGUUUUUCCUUAAAAAUCAGUCAGCCUGGGGCACCUGGGUAGCUCAGACAGUG